AUAAAUAAGAAGAAGAAAUAUUUUCAGGUUAAAAGAAAGUCAACAAAACAUGAAAAAAAACUUAAAAAAUAAUUCCAAAUAAUAACAUUUUAUUUUAGUGGGAAAUUGAGUUUCAAAUAUGUCCUCUAGCAAGUCAGUAGUUAAAUCUGGAAAUCCAUAAUAUAAGGAUAACGAAAUUGGAAGUGGAAUCAUUUUGCUUGAAGACUUCUUUACCUUUUAACAGCUCUUCAAAAUUAUGUCUAGUCCUCCUUUAUUCAAUUCUGAAAAUGAAUUAUUUUUCUUUGAAUCGGACCAUUUAGCUCUUAGGGGUAACAGUGAUUACUGUGAAGUGUUGAAAACCAUAGUGAUUCUUUCUGCCCAAAGAGAAAAAUUCAUAAAAGAUUAUAACAAAGUGCUGAAAAUGAAGAAGGAAAUAUUGGAAGAUCCAUUAAGCAUUAUUCAUAAAUUCCAAAAUGGGGAAGUUUUGGAUUUUGACUUUCCAAAAAUGUUGGAGCUACCCAAGUUACCUGUGAUAAAUUUCAAGAAAUAUGAUGUGAGAAUUCCAGAGUCAGAUCUUAUGGCUAUAUAUGCAGAUGCUGUUGAAGAAACUAAACCUGUUGAAGAGGUGAAGAAACUAAAAAAUGACAGCAAAGGAUGGACCAUUGAAGAACAGAAAAAACUUGAAGAAUUGCUGUUGGUGUAUCCUCCAGAACCAGUUGAAAGGAAGAGAUACCAAAAGAUUGCGAAAGCAUUGGGUAACAGAACUGUGUCACAAGUCUCAAGUAGGAUACAAAAGUAUUUUUUGAAACUGUACAGAGCAGGAUUACCUAUACCUGGAAGACCACCAAAGUCAGGGGAAAGAAAUAAGAAAUCCUUGCACAAACAUCAACGUUUCAACCAUUACUUAUGGAAACCGACCACGUUUUUCCCAGAAUUCACCACCCCUGUUGUAAUGAACGACCAAGAAGCUACCCCCGGGCCCAGUAUACACACCAUACCUUCUACUUCUACCGCUACCACAUCAAACCCGUCGAAUUAUUUGUUGCAAUCUGAAUAUCAUCAUCAGAAUAACGAUGUCAGACAGAAAAGUUUUGCCGAGUUGCAGUUGCAGUUAUUGAAGAGAGUGAGGAACGAGAAGAUUCUAGAGCAACAGGAGGCGAAUAUGUUCAAACAUGUUGGAUAUAAGUGUGAUUUUUGUGAUUCUGAUCCAAUCGAAGGUGCCAGAUGGCACUGCAUCUCGUGUUCCGAAUCCAUCGAUUUCUGCACGGACUGCGUCAUCUCCCAGUUGUACUCCAACACUUGCCAUCCGCCGAGUCACACCUUGGCACUGUUCAGAAACGACUCCGACAAUCCAAAUGUGCCCUUCAGCGACUCGGAAUCCAACGGAGGCAGCGCCUCGAUGAGCAAACAUGACGAGAGCGACUCGAAUAGCAGCGAUCAAGAAGACUCUAUGGAUAAUAUGGACAGGUUUCUGAAGUCGGAACCUGAGGAUAUCAUGGACAUGGAUAGUAUCAGAUAUGAAGAUUUAUUGCCAGUUCAGAAAAAUACAAACAUUGUAUGAUUCUGAAGAGAUUUUGUGGACCUGAAGCACAUAUUAACUUCACAGAAUUUUACCUCAUCAAUGAUUACUUAACUCGUUAUUUCCCUUCAGAAUGUUUGUGACAUUCCUUGUUUUUUUCCAAAUUAAUAUGUUCUUCUUAGAAUUUACAAUUUUUUUCUGAAUAACGAAUGGAGUUGUUUGUUUCAAAUUCAUAGAUUAUAUGAAAAUAUACUUUUACUUUAUAUAUUAAAUUAU